AUGGAGUGUUCCGGCUUAAUCUUCGGGGUACGCCCAAUCGACGCGAAAUUGUUCUUUAACGUUAGCGAUGAUGAUCUCCUCCGUCAGGUUCACGAUGAAUUUCCUCAAGAACUCGAUCGUCUCAAGCGUGCCUACUCCAUCGGAGAGAUGGAUUCUGUUCACCCACCAACCCCAUCUCCAUCUCAGAUCAUAUACGGAGCUCAGUACAACGAGGUCAACCGUACUCUCGUCAGUGUCCUUUCUCUGAGAUGGAUUUACCAUAACUAUUACGAGAUCUUCACAGGAACUCAACCCGAUCAGAUAAAACUGACGCGCUCGACUUUCGACUGGAUACGACAAACCUUUAUGAAUAAACUUGAAGAUCCGGCGGAUCUUUAUGCACUGCUGGCAUAUAUCGUGAUUAACGACCUUGGCAAAGAUGCUUGUCUCGCAUCCGACUAUUACUCAAAAACAGGCGAAGAUGUCUCGACCUUGAACCACGACAUAAUUAUGCUCAAAGCUGUUGAAACUGGUCUCGUCCCCCUCAUUGAUCGUCUUCCACGACGUCACAAGGAUAUGAUCAUGCGUGGCAUACGGCUCGGUGCGGGGUUCAACCCUGGCCAGCUGGCACAGGCAGAAAACGCACCUGCGUCCCUAUCUAGCCUGCUACAGAUGCAAGGUCACGACGACGAUUUCCAAUUCCACUUCAUGCAGCAGCUGUUGGAUAUCGCCGGCGCCGCUGGCCACGAUGACUGGACAUGUGCCAGAAAGCUCAUCCAGCCAAUUGCCCAGGCGUACCGAAAUGUCUACGAAGUGGCAGUUGGGGUCAUACUUGGCAAUCGAAGCUUGCGUGAUGCCUACGACGUGAUUCUGACCAGGCGGGGCGAAUCACUCCACAAGGAGGGUUUCAAAUCGCUCAAUGUGCAACAUCCGGAGGACCGGGCACUGUUGAGAUUACUAUGCAUGGGUGGAGUUGCUGAUCUAGAAAUGGCAGAGCUGUACUUGUCGGUAUGGGAGGCUCUCGACGAUGGCGCGCAUGCCUCCCUUGUUCGCACCCUGAACAUAGACGGGUCAUUUGUUGAGCCUGCUGUUCAGCCAACAUAUAUGCCGGCCAUGCUUGCGCAGGGGAUUGGUAAAACAGGUUCAGCAUCACGGCAUGACAAGGAGCAGCGGUUAUAUCAUAUGUUGCGAUAUUUGUCGCGAGUUAUGGUGCUGGAAGAGGAGCAGCACAGCCAUGCUGAAGUUAUUGAGCGAAGUGUUUUAUGGGUGGUGAAGGAUGUUGUUCAGAGCCGCGCGUUUCAAAAAAGACCCUGCCAUACUGGAAAGGACAGAGGUUCCAAAAAGUGCAGUCGCGAUUCCAAUAUGAUAGCAACAGUAUGUUUUAUGAUAAUUCAAUACUCUCUUCGGCACCACGCAUGGCUCCUUGAAUUUUAA